AAAAGCCAGCAUGGGCCCUCUAUGUUGACAGAUAUUGGUCGAACUUAUUGUGAUAUACCUAACGGAAGUUUGAGGUGGCCUUAAACAGAGUUACUACACCUCCUUUUUAUGAACGUCUGUGCGGGUUAAGUGCAAUUUUGUUUCGGACAUUACGGUCACCGGUCCAUUCCAUGUUGUACUGCUAUCAUAGCGUUAUGUAAUAAGGUACGCACGAAAGUUAAGCAACUAUUAUUCGUUGAAACCGUUUGGAAGGAAGAGUGGUGUAACGUUGAAACAGCUUUUUUGCGAGCAGAGGUUAAGGUAAUUAGGUAAUAGAACAGUCAGUGUCACAGCUACACUAGCGAUACUAACGUUAGCGAAGUAGGUUAGUUAGGCAAGCAGGUAUAUAACGUUAACGCAGAACCGCUAACGUUACCAAGUUUGAAAGGCCGUCUACGCAGAGUUGGAGGAUAGCUAGCUAAAUAGUUAAGUUAUCCACCCAGUCAUGUCUUUUGUGUCGGCUUCUAAGCGAUUAUUAACGUUAACUGUAUCACAAAGUUCGGCAUUCUGCAGAUGUGUCACAGCUAAAAUUUCUUCAAGAAGUCCUCUCGCUUGUGUACAAACUCAGGCUCUCCGUCGAGGAAUAUGUUCCAGUCAAGUCACCCAACCUUUGAGGUCCGAAAAUAAGGUAACAGUAAACUUCGUCAAUCGAGAUGGAGAGAAGAUUACAGUAAAGGCAAACCCUGGAGAUACCUUACUGGAUGUAGUCAUUGACCAAGACCUGGACUUUGAUGGAUUUGGAGCCUGUGAGGGGACUCUGGCCUGCUCCACCUGCCAUCUCGUUUUUGACGAGGAGGUGUUCAAGCAGCUGGGGCCGAUAACAGAUGAGGAGAUGGAUAUGCUGGACCUUGCUUAUGGCCUGACUGACACGUCCCGUCUGGGUUGCCAGAUCUGCCUAACGAAGGCGCUAGAUGGCAUGACUGCACGGGUGCCGGAGAGUGUGGCUGAUAUCAGACAGUCUGAUGGUUCUGCCUAGAGUCUUCCAUCCCCUGCUGUUCAUCCUGUGGAACUGCAAUCUGGCAGCAGCAAACAACUGUGCACCAUGAACAGAACUGAUGGAAAGGCAUUACACCAGAUUUGUGUAGAGUCUACAUAUGUGUGUGUGUUGCCGUACCAUACUGACUUCUGUCCAGUGAGUUGAGGCAUAAACAGCAUCAUGUGAUCGUUGAAAUUUUAAUCCAAAUUGAAAUGUAGUUCCUGAAAUGCAAAUCGUUGAUUUGCCUUAAGGGAUGUGAAUGUUUCAAACUUAAACUAACCAACUUUUUAAUGUAUAAUAUAUCCAUUAAGUGAUUUCAGUAUACUGCAAUAGGACAUUAUCGAAUCAUACUUGGCUAGUGUUUAUCCUUCUUCAAAUUAAGCAUUUUAAUAUUAAUUUCUAUAAAUGUUAUAUAAUAUCAUAUUUUCAAAUAUACUGAAAUAAAUGGACAGUCUUUGUUGUUA